UCAACCUUAUACCAAAUGGGACGGGUCGGCUCCGACCCCUCCCAAUUCAUAGCUCAGGGUCCUCAUCUCGUCUCCUCCCUCCGCCAUGGAAACGCCGAGUCUCCUCCUCCUCACCUUCGUUCCCACCUCUCUCCUCCUCCUCUUCUUCUCCUCCUCGUCCUCCUCCCUCGCCUCCUCCUCACUCCUCGGCGUUGCUCCGCAAGAUGAGGAGUACUUCGCGGGGGCGGUGAUCGCGUGCAGGGACGGGUCGAAGCUUUUCGCGAGGGAUCGCCUCAACGACGGGUUCUGCGAUUGCCCCGAUGGGACCGAUGAACCUGGAACAUCUGCUUGUCCAGAAGGCAAAUUCUACUGUAAAAAUAUAGGAGAUGUCCCUCGCUACUUGUUUUCUUCAUUUGUAAAUGAUCGCAUUUGUGAUUGUUGCGAUGGAAGUGACGAAUACAAUAGUGGCAUCAACUGUCCAGACACAUGUAUCAAAGGUCAGAAAAUUUCUAAAACUUGGAAUCAUAAUCAUGAAUCAAGAGAAGCAAAUUUGAAUGCAGCUGAUGGAUUUCCAAGUAAAAGUCGACUUGAUUUGGAAGACCUUAUCAUGAAGUUAAGAGGACUGAAGAUAGCUGUAAUUAUCCAGUUAUGUUUAGCUAUGUGUACCAUUGCUUUAUGCCUCUUUCACCGACGCACUAGAUCUUGGAGAAGACGCUACUUGUCGAAGAGCUAUUACACGUGAAAGCUAGUCUUUGUUCAGUUCCUGUAAUCAUUACACGUUUAUUCCUGUUGUCUCUCAAUUAGUGGAAGUCAACCAAGAAGAUAUUCCUCUUGUUGAUCUUCAAAUGUAAAAUAACAGAUGUUGUGUCAGGUGAUGCCAUAUUCAGGGACAGAUAUGAUGUAGAAGCGCCCUUUGAGGGUGUAGUUUUUUUUUUAUUUUCUAAUUUCUAAAUUCUUUUGGCUUCUUUUUUUGAUUUUCUAAA